GAGGGGGAAAAGAAAGCUAUCUGAUAAAGGGCUAAUCAAUUAUUAGCCGUUUCAUUUCAUCAAACAAUAACUUAACCGCUACAGAUACUAGUAAAUAGCUAUAUUGCUGUAAAUAGAAGGAAAUCCUGUAAAUCAGUUCGCACCAGUCGGCGCCCCAUAAGUCAAAGCGCGUGACUGUGUGUGCCUGCGUGGGGAAUCACAGAUCACCGAUCAAUGGAAGUUAACCGAGCCAAACCCGCUUCGCUCUCAGUGCGUGUACGUCUGUAGCCUGCGGAGAUUCCAUGGAUGUUUAUUUCACUGACCUCCAGGCUUUAGCUUGAAAGUAUUUUAGGACAACCAUUUGUGGUUCCAGCGUCGCAUCAAUCAAUUGACCCUUGGCUCUGGAGCAGUGAUGGGACGUAAACUGGACCUGUCCGGUCUGAGCAAUGAUGAAGCAGAGCAUGUACUCAGAGUGGUGCAGAGGGACAUGGAUCUCCGUAAGAAGGAAGAGGAGAGACUCAGUGAAAUGAAGCAGGAGCUGGAGGAGGAGGGCAGUCGUUGUUUGCUUCUGUCCAAGCAGCACAAGUUCAACGAGCAUUGCUGCAUCCGCUGCUGCUCUCCCUUCGCCUUCCUGCUCAACCCCAAACGCCCGUGUCUGGACUGCCACUACAACGUCUGCAAAUCCUGCCGCACCUACAGCCAGAGCGAGAGUGGCUAUAUCUGCGCCGCCUGCCAAAAGAGCAGGCUCUUGAGGACACAGUCUCUAGAAUGGUACUACAAUAAUGUGAAGAGUCGGUUUAAGAGAUUUGGCAGUGCCAAAGUGCUGAAGACCCUCUACAGGAAACACAUCAUCGAAAGAGGAGCAUUAUCUGAAUUACCAGAGGUCAGCGCACAUGAAGGCAGUAAUGAGAAUGGCAGUGUUUGUGAUGGCAGUGACUCCACGCUCUACAGGCAGAGUGAAGGUCACAGCAUGGCAGACACGCUUACUGUCGCUCUACGUGUGGCAGAGGAGGCGAUAGAAGAAGCCAUCGCUAAAGCAGAGAGCUACAAAGACAGCCUGGAGAAACAGAAUGAGGCUCGCUAUUUGCGAGACCACAAGGAAGAGCUCAUAGAGGAACUUGCAACGACAAUUGUUCAAAAAAUCAUUCAGAGGGGAAAACGGUCUGAGGUUCAGGCUGAGUAUGAGUUUGUUUGGCCUCAGAAUCAGAGUAGUGAGCUACCGUCCUCUACCUCAACACAACACACACAGCAUUCACACACCACCUGUCAUCACGGUGCAGUAGUCCAGGCUGACAUCACCAGCUCCUAUCCGCUGUUGAAGUCAAGAUCAGCGUUCUCUUUGACAAGUGACGAUUCUCUAGAGAAGGACCCUGAGGUGGGAAUGGCCCCAGGGGUCCUGAAGAGUGCAGAGGUACAGACAGACAUCCAGAACUACUCUUCACUUAGGAGGGAGUCCAGAGCUUCAUCACUUCCUGGUUGGAAGAGUGUGGACCGCUUGGACAACACUAGUGCAUCUUCAGUCCUGCAGUCCCCUGAUGGUAACUGGAUCGCCCUGCAGAGCUUCCAGCAUUCCCGGCCCAGUCUGCUGACCAAGCGCAAGAGCCUUGUUUUCAGUGUGCUGGAGAAAGAAUCAGGCGUUGUGUCCGCGUAUGACGGGAUGGGCUCUGAUUCAGAUCCUGAGGACCAGGGAGGCUGGGGGGCUGCCCUGUUACAGUUUCGCAGACGUCUCUCUGACGAAACCUAUUACACUGACUCUCAACAUGACCCGGAAUGGACAUACACCCAACACCCACCAAUCACCUCACCCUCCUCGGGUCAGUACACCAACACUGAGACGCUAAACUCAGACUCGGAGACGUCUCCUGCCCCGUCCACUCGAGCGAGCAGAGCAGCCCACAGUAUGUCCCAGAGGAAAAAAGGGCUACCUGAAGCACACCUGUAUCCUCCCUACAGACAUCCCACAAGCAGUGUAGCUUCCCCUCUACUGAGGCCAGAAGUUCUUGAUGUGAACUUUAACCCCCGUGUGGGAGGGGACAGUAGCGAUGGGGAGGAGCAGAGCGAGCAGAUCAAAAGGUCAAGGAGGCGCAGAAAGAGCAAACGCGAGACAUCAGAGCACAGUCGAGCACAUGAUGAACUGUACAGCUCUGCCACAGUGGAGAACAGUGCGGUCCUGCUCAACGCCAUGAUGAUACGCCGCCAACAGAGCCAGGAGAGCCCAGUUCCUCUGAAUUACCAGACUCCAGACACUGUGACCCCUCCUGACCUUUUGACCUCUGACGCCAUGACCCUUGAACCUGACUAUCAGAGCACUGUGGCUCACAACUCCAGUGCCGCCAGCCUGUGGAGCCAAUCAGGGGCCAGCAAAUCAGGGUAUAACCUUCAGGGCCCUUUGCUCAGGGUCUCCUCUCUAAAUGAAACCCUGGAACAUGAACUGAGAUCCAAGUUUGGUGAACUGGUUGGCCAAGUCAGCGAGAGGGAUGUAAUGUCAUCUAAUUUUGAGCCAAUCAUGGAAGUGGGCAACAAGCAAAAAGACAGGUUAUGGGAGAACGAAAGUGAGAAACUGAGACCAAAGGAGAGGCGCGAGAGCAAACGAGAGAAGAAGGAAGGGAAACCGAGGGAAACUGAGAAGCCGAAUGAAAGACAAUCGGUUAGAGACAUGGAUACAAGUGAUGCAGUGAGACAAAUGAAUAGAGAGAGAGAAUUGGAAAGAGAAAGGGAGCGACAGAAAGUAAUCGAAAGACAAGUAGAAAGAGAGCGAGAAAGACAAAGAGAGCUGGAGAAACAAAUCGAGAAGGACAGAGAAAGACAACGAGAGAUCGAGGUGCAGGUUGUGAGGAAACAGGAAAGACAGAGGGAAAUGGAGAAACAACUGAAACAAGGGCAAGAGAAGCAAUCAGAGGUUGAGCAAGAGAUAAAAAGGAAGAGGAAAAGCAUACGCAUGGAAAAAGAGAAAUUAGAGCCUAAAUUGAGUGUGAAAUCCAAAGAAGAAGAUGAACAGGAAGGACCCUGUGAAACUGAGGGAGCAUCAUCUAGAGUAAUUAUGCAAAAUAACAAUUUAGAGGAGGACAACAAUGAAAAAGACAAGGAAAAAGUGAAGAGAAUGUCACUUCAGAGAAGCAAAUCAGAAACAGGGUCAGAAACACAAGAACAACUCGAGACAAAGACAACCAGGUCUUCAACUACAUCUCCAGACAGCGCCCCCUGUAGUUUGGAGGAGGAGCCAUCGGAGGAGGGUCUGAGUGAUCGUGCCCUACAGCAGAGGCUUCAGUUAAUCUCCUCUCUCUUACAGCAGAAGUACUCCGCCGCAUCUUUAUGCAGCAUCACCACAGAGGUUCUAAAGGUCCUAAAUGCUACAGAGGAAUUGCUCGGAGAGGCAGAAGGCAAAGUUCAUGACCCUUCUCCGGCUGGCACACCCAUGUCCUCGGGCCCGGGAACUAGGAAACUGGACCAGCACCUCACUAAGAUGGAGGAAAAUGUGUAUUUGGCUGCAGGUGCUGUGUACAGCCUAGAGGGGGCGCUGAGUGACUUAGAAGACUGUGCACGCGACAUCAGCAGCUCCACCACAGAGACUGAGCUGGCCUUCCUGGAAGACCAGGUGGCCACCGCUGCCGCCCAGGUGCAGCAGUCCGAGCUCCAGAUCUCAGAUAUUGAGGCAAGAAUAUCAGCCCUCAAAACUGCAGGUCUGAAUGUAACUCCAUGCACACGGUUUUCCAAGAACAAAUCUAAACCCAUGUCCCAGACGCUGGACUCUUCUCGUCAUCAGAGGAGAAAGCUUCCUGCUCCUCCUCUCAGAAGUCUGUCAUCAGAAACGGAAGUCAAAUCUGAGCCGCAAGUGAGAUCUAUGAGGCCAUGAGAAGAGGACGUGACCUCUGUGACCUCUCACCACACCCGAUUGUGACUGCUAGGACCAUCAGGCUGUUCCACACCAGUGCCUUGAUCCAACUUCUGGUCCUUCAACCUAUGUAAGGUUGAUAUCACUUCUGACCCCAAGAACUCUACCAAACCCUGGAGCUCAACACCUCCUGUUACCAGGGGACCUGAUUCUCUCUCUCUCUCUCUGCCUUAAUGGAGACCAAACUCCUACAAUGAACCAUCACAGAGGGUUGUAAUUGUAGAUUUAAACUCAUGUAUUUACUGUAUGUGUAACAAUGAACAUUUGUAAAUGUUAAAAAUCUGGGACGUCACCUCUUUUUCUAACGUUUGCUGAGUGUUGUACAUGUUUGAAAUCUGUAUGUCGGCAAAGUGACUAGAAAAAGACCUCUCGGGAUGACCAAUGUGACCUUUAUUUUAUUAUUGUUUUGCAAAGAAGCUGGAGCACAUUUGGUAAAAGUUUUAAAUGUGUGAAAUGUCUAUGUGAAAGUAAACACAAAAUAUCUGCAGGACCUGUUUGAUUUCCAUUGUCACGUUUCUGUUCUGUUCGUAUCUGGUGCAAAUAUCUCAGGUUUCUUUUUCCGAUGGUCACUUUUGGAGUUGUUUAUUUGAGGUGCUGUAUAAAAAAUGCAUUCAGCAUCUAAAACAACUGUGAAAUGUAUAAUUUAAUCUUUAUUUUAUUUUCCUAAAAACAAGGGUCAAGUACUAUUUGAAAGCACCCGACCCCCUUGCCAUAUAAUGAGUUUGAGUGUGUUUGCAUGUAUUCAUACUUGUGUUUAAAUCAACCUCAGAUAUCUAUUGAUCUCUUUAAUAUGAACGUCAAAUCACUGCUAUUUCCGUGAGAAGGGUUAUGGGUUCAUUUAUUAAUCUGAAAACCCCAGUUGUUAUUCUCAGAACACUGCUCACCUAGAAAAUCAUGUACAUACUUAAAAUGUCAUUUUGGACUUUCUAAAACAUUCUGUCAUUUUUCUGUGGUGCAGAUUGGUUUGUAAUUUAUAAUCCAUAGCAAUAGUAAAUAUAACAUUUAGGGAAAAUGCUGCAAUGGCACAGUAUUACAACUUAACGGUUAUGAUAAGCCAAACCACCAGUGUGUUUGAUCACAGAAUUAUCACAACGUUCUCUCAGAGAUUAUUUAGCCUGGACAUAUGUACCACAGUACAAAUCACAUUUGCUUGGUGAUGGCAAGGUGAUUCACAUUAGAAAUCUGACGAUAAUGGCUGAGUCGUUAUUCUUUUUGAGCGUUUUAUAAAGCAGGGAUAUCCACCUCUUUAUGUCGAAUUACAGCCGCAUCAUAUUGUCUCAGUGAGUGACUAAGAUGACGUCUGUGCGAUGUGUGUUCAGUCACACAAAUUGGCCCUUUUUAGCUCGGAGAAAUCACAGAAGCAUGAAAGAUUGAUCUUUAGUUGCCUUGAGAUAUUCCACAGAAUGUUUUGAGCCAAUGGAGAUUAACUAGCAUGCAAUAUACAAUUUUGCACCAUCAUCCCAAACUUUGUCUUCUCCAUUUCAUUCUCUCUACAGAGGAGCUAUUCAGUAAACGGGUCCUGCUCCUUGUUGUUGUCUAUGGCGAUGUUAGUGUAUAAAAGCAUGCAUCACGUUUCUAAUAGAUGUCAAAUAUCCCAUGAAAAGCACAGUCUAGAAAUUGAAAAUGUCCUACAGUGUCAUGUAUUUUUCUAUUUGAAAAAUCGAAUGCAUAUUUACAUUUAAAUGAGGUAUAAAAGACAAGAUAUAAAAUAUAUCGUAGGCAUUUCGAGUGUUUUGGGUUUGUCAUGAAUGAAAGGGCAUUAGCCUGCCUCUUAUCAGAAUGUCCUCUGUGUAAUUUAACCAUAAGGAGUUAAUGGGGAGAAAAUAUUCUGUAGCGAAAAGAAAAAAGCCAAUGAAUUCUCAUGUGCCAAAUUUGUUCUGACACAAGCAGUGUGCAAAUAAAUAUGAAUAAAGUUUGCAUUCCUGAAGA